AUGUCGUCUGGUGGAGGAAAUCAAAAGUCCGACGGACAAGUUGAAGAAGACGCCGCCGAGUGCAAGUUUCCAAAAGAAUUCGAGCUGAACACCUGCGAUGCUCUACUGACUGCUGAAGUCUACUUGCUCUUGGAACAUCGACGACAAUCGAACGAGACAAAAGAUGAAAUUGAGGAAAUGAGCGAGGUGUUCAUCAAAACUCUCAACUAUGCUCGUCGCAUGUCCCGAUUCAAAAAUCGUGAAACAAUUCGUGCAGUCCGUGCAAUCUUCUCCGAGAAACAUCUUCACAAGUUCGAAGUUGCUCAAAUCGCAAAUCUCUGCCCAGAAAAUGCCGAAGAGGCAAAGGCACUCGUUCCAUCACUGGAAAAUAAAAUCGAAGAGUCAGAGCUCGAAGAAGUGCUCAAGGACCUUCAGUCAAAGAGAACGUUCCAGUGA